AUGCCAUCUUUAGCUACUAUACGUUCGAGGAUGAAAUGGGGGAUAAUCCCGAAGAGAAGAGUUGUAGAUGAAGAUGAGUAUGGUAAUUUGAUACACAAAGAAAUUAUAGUGGAUAAUACAAUCAUAAAAGAAUUUGAUGAUUUUGAUGUUAAAAUUGAGAAACUGAAGUCCAAUAUUGAAACUGAAACUGAAAUUGAAUAUCGAAAUGAAAAGGGAAGAAAAUUUUGGAAGUUUUUUGAUGAAUAUGAAUAUAGAAUAACAUCAAAAGCUAAAUCUAAAGUUAAAUGGUAUAAAUACUUCAAUGAAGAAGAUACUCCUGAAGAGAGAAGACUUAUUGUUAAGUUAGAUCUUCUUCUUACAUUCUAUUCACUUAUAGUUUAUUGGGUAAAAUAUCUUGAUCAAGCAAAUAUUAAUAGUGCUUAUGUAGGUGGACUUAAGGAAGGUAUUGGAAUGAAAGGAAAUAAUUUAGUUCUUGCUCAAACUUAUUAUUCAAUAGGUAAUGCAGUCUUUCAAUUACCUUUUAUUUAUAUUCUUUAUGGUCUUCCCUUGAAUUAUAUUCUUCCUGCGAUGGAUGUAUGCUGGUCAUUUUUUACUUUAUUUACAUAUAAAGUUCACAACUUUGAACAAUUUAAAGUUAUGAGAUUUUUCGUUGGAAGUUUCGAAGCUGGUACUUAUAUUUCGUAUCAUAGUUUGUUUGCAUCUUGGUAUAAGUCAAGUAAUAAUGAAGCAAUAAGAAGAGCAUCAUGUUUUUAUUUGGGCCAAUUCUUAGGUAGUAUGUCUUCAGGUUUGAUUUCUGGUGCAAUUGAAAGAACUUUACCUGGGUAUAGAGGUUUGGCAGCUUGGCAAUGGAUUUUUAUUAUUGAUGGAAUAGUAUCCUUAAUAGUAGGACUUGCAGGAUUCUUUAUCUUACCUGGUACUCCAACCGAUUGCUAUAGUUUAUUUUUAACUGAUGAUGAAAUAAGACUAGCAAGAGCUAGAAUGCUUAAAGAUCAAAAACAUCAUAAACCAACAAAGAAUGCAUUUAGAAAUUACUUUGAUUGGGAAACUUGGAAAUCUAUCCUAACUAGUUGGAAAAUAUAUAAUUUAAUACUUUGGAAUAUGUUCUGUUGGAAUAGUAAUAAUGGUACAUCGGGGGCCUAUGCUCUUUGGCUAAAAUCAUUAAAAGAUGAAAAUGGAAAUCAGAAGUAUCAACAAGGUAAGUUACAAGAUCUAACAGCUUUAACCCCAGCUCUAGGAUUGAUCUGGCUAACGAUAACUUGCUUUCUAGCAGAUUACUUUAAAAGUCGAUGGUUUGCCAUGGUAUUUUCUCAAGCUAUAAAUAUUCUAGGUAAUACAAUAUUAGCUGUUUGGUACGUUCCACUCAAACUCAAAUGGGUUGGAUUUUGUUUACAAUAUUGGGGAUGGUCACUGAGUCCAAUCUUGUAUGCUUGGCAAGGUGAUAUUUGUCGUGAUGAUAUAAGAUCAAGAGAAGUUUCUUUGACAAUCAUGAAUCUUAUUGCACAUAAGACAUUAGCUUGGAUACCCUUAUUAGUAUGGCCCACCGUUGAAGCUCCUAGAUAUAUUAGAGGAUAUGCUUUUACAGCUGUAUCUUCAGGAGCUUGUAUAAUUUGGACGUUUGUAGUCUUAUAUUUCUAUAAAAGAGAUGAAAGAAGAAAAGCAAGAGCCAAUGGGAUUGUUCUUCAAAAACUCAUUGAGUAA